GAAGUGGAAAAAGAGUGAGUCGGUUAACUGCCUUGAGUUUCUUGUUCUGUUAUCACUGAACGACACGGAAAAGUGGAGUGAGCUAGCAACAAUAUCUCCACAGAUUACACACUUUUCCCAACACACUCAAACUCAAAACCUCCAAAACCCCUUUCGAUUCUUCUUCCACCUCCCAAAUUACUAUUAUGGACUCGCUCACUCUCCCUUUCCCCACACUUCCCUCCGCCACUCACCGCCCAAUUUUCAAUCCACGCGCCGCUUUCGGUUUCCGCUGCUUCCACACCUCAGCUCAUCUUCCAACGCUUCGUGGCUCGCCGCUCUUUUCCGCCAACACACUCACCGCUAAUUCCGUUCCGCCAAAAAAUGGUGUAUACACUGUCGGUGACUUCAUGACAAAGAAAGAUGAAUUACAAGUAGUCAAGCCCACAACAACUGUGGAUGAAGCUUUGGACUCUCUUGUUGAACACAGAAUAACUGGUUUUCCCGUGAUUGAUGAUAACUGGAAGCUAGUUGGUGUUGUUUCUGAUUAUGACUUGUUAGCACUGGACUCUAUUUCAGGUCAUGGGAAAACAGAUAACAGCAGCUUGUUUCCCGAAGUUGACAGUACCUGGAAAACUUUCAAUGAGGUUCAGAGGCUACUGAGUAAGACCAACGGAAAGGUGAUUGGUGAAUUAAUGACCACUGCCCCUAUGGUUGUUCGUGAGACCACCAAUCUUGAGGAUGCUGCUAGAUUGUUGCUGGAAACAAAGUUUCGACGCCUUCCAGUUGUAGAUGCUGAGGGUAGAUUGGUUGGGAUUAUCACAAGAGGAAAUGUUGUAAGAGCUGCACUUCAAAUGAAACGAGACAGCCAAAAGAAAGCAUGAUAGGAUCUAGAAGAUCAAUCCAAAAAUUUGUUGCUUGAUUUAAAGCAGUGAUUAAAUUGAAGUGUUCACACAAGCUUUGCGCUUUGCUUGGAUUAGAAGUAAAAUUUUGGCUUAGGCAUGUAAAUGUUAUAUUAUUAUAUUGUUUUGGUAUCACACAGAAUGUUUGUCAUGGACAAUAUUUAGAAAGAAAAAUCCCAAUGUUCACAUUUGACAAGGACCACCUUGGUGAUAAUGAUGUUGAAAUGUGAAUUUGUUGUAUUAA